GGGGGUGAGGGAUGUGAGUCUUAUGUUGUGGGCACUGACUGUUGGCAAGGGGCAAUAUGCAAAGUAAUAGUUGAUUUGACUUGCAUACCUUUUGUGUUACGUAAUGCAGCACAAAAUUUGUUUCAUUAUAAUAUACUGCUUAAGCUGAAAUAGUUGGACAUGUUAAUCAGUUUACUGUGUUAACUAAAACAAUUUUUCUUUAAAAAAUAAGACUAAUUUAACUACCUCCCUCUUGAUUCUGCACUCCUUGGAAACUUUUGGAUCUGUUUCUUGAUGAUUCUCUUUCAAAGAUGUAUGAAAGACCAAAGUUUAGAAUUGUUUGUGUGUAUAUGUAUAUAGCAGAGCUCAUUAAUUCUAAGGAAAGCUUCUUUGUGAAGGCACAAGUUGCAGCUGUCUGCUGAGAAAUUUUAUGUUUAUGUGCUGUUGUUCACAGAGCUGGCCAAAAUGGGAAGACAAAUAUAGGAACAACGCUUUGUUCUUCAGAUAUUCUAGAUAGUGAGUUGAAUGAUAAAGGUAUUUCUUUGUGAAGGUUACUGCAGGACUGGGGGAUCUUCAUUUAACCAGUUUAGAAAAUGAUUGCUGCUAAAAUGAGUGAAGUAGAGAAAGCAAAGUGUUUCUUAGGCAAUGCAAAGUGCUCAGAAUUCAAAUUUAAACUGUUCUACGUGUUUCACGUGUGCAUAAAACACCUUUUUUUUUACACAGACAGUUGCAGUUUGAUCUGGACUUUGUUCCACAGACUUAAAAGAGAAGUAAAAGGAGUCAACAUAUUGCAUGUAAAAGGAGAAACCUGUGUAUCACUUCCACUUCUUGGGCAUCAUGAGCAAUUUUCUUGUCAUGUGCUCUUUGCUCCCCAACUUAAACACAAAAUGCUCUUCAGAGAAGACAUGUAUUUGUGCUCUUGGCUGUCCCUGUGGUUGAUUUACACAUGGACUAUUCCAUCCUUUUGGUUUGGCUCUGUCCUCUUUGGUUCUGGUGGAGGACUGCAGGUAUUUGACAGCAGUGAUCAUGUGCAUGACUUGAACUCAGAAAGAUAUUAGCUUGGGAAAGUGGUCCUCUUCUUCAUCUGGAAUCCCUUGCACAGUUCUUCCCAUCAGUUCAAAAUGGAACUAGGCCAAAAGGUGCAGUUUUGUUGUGUCAAGAAAUGAGUUUUACUGUGUUGAAAUACUUAGUAAGAAAAGGAGAGAUAGCAGGCAGCAGUUAAGCUCACGGUGUAUUUGAAUGACUGUGUGUGGUUUUGCAAGGAUAUUUCUCAUGAGAAUUGAUCAGGCAGGGGAAAAAAGAGUAGUUUUAACGUGAUUUCUGGAUAAAUAUUGAGCAAUUUUUACUACUGAAACUGUUCUGUCAUCUGUGUUCCUCUUCCCUGCUACUUCCUACUACUGUUUGCAUUCAAAGUAGAUCACCUACAUUUAACACUCACUGCAAACCUCUAAUUAUGGUAUUAGACAUUGGUAAUGACUUCAAGCAUUGGAUGAAGAAUGAGGUUAUGCACGAGGCAAUAAAACCUGUAGGCACUCCUGUAGCCCAAGUGGAGAGCACUGGCUGCCUGCCAUGGAGCACUGACCCUUUCUUUUGUUCUCUACUAGGGGAAAAUUGUGUGGUUUUUUUUUUUCUGGAGGAAGAACCUCUUGUUCUUUUCAGGGUGCAAAGUCUUAGCCUUUAUAUCAUUAUUUACAGAAGUAGUUUCUGUUUCGGGAUUAUUUUUUGUGUUUGGUGUUAAAAGCGAGCAGAUAGCGUGUGUGUGUGCAAGUGAGCAAUUACAUGGUACAGAAUGACACCAGACUUGAGAACUGCAGGGUUCAAAUGACAAAAGUGAGGUACUUAGAACAUCUCAAACCAAGUGAGUGGAAGAGGCUGCAGCACCUUGUUUUCCAUCUGAGCAGAGAAAGGGAAGAAGGUUAACUCACUUAACUGCUGGAGUUCCAGUUCAGAGACUUGAAUUCAUGGAGGGCACCUUGGGAGCUCUCCCAGAACAGGUACUCAAGACUCCGCAGCCUGAGCAUGUGGCUGACAGCCAAGCUGCAUGUUGGGCUGAGAACUGACAUACUCUUUUGUAAUUGUGUAGUAACACGUAAACAUUAGCUUGGUGGGGCCUUCUGUGCUCCUGGGACACAUACUCUUGCUAAACCACUUACCUUUCCUCUCUAAAGAUAGACACAAGUACACAGUGAACAUCUACAGAGGAGUUCCCUUUGACCUUCCAUUUUGGUCCAAGGUGACCUUUGUGGGUGUGUUACUAACAGGCUGGAAAUGCAGAGAGGAGAAGCAGGACUUGAAGAGUGCAUGUUGAUUUUUAUGGAACUCAGGAUGCAUCUGCAAGGUCUGACAAACUGAGGCUAAAUGUAAUGGUUGUGAUGACUUUUUAUGUGAACAGGCAAGGCCCAGUGAUGUGUUUCUGUGGAAAGGCUGCAAGUUGCAAAGCAUGCAUACAGCACCAGAUAGAUCACAGGCAUUGGAGUCUACUGUGAGAUCCAGGUCUAAUCUAAGGAACUCAUCUCAAAUCCUGUAAGAGUGGCAUUUAGUUAAACUAAAUAUCAAAUACUUAAAAAAUUACAUUCCUAAGGAAUGAGUUAGCAGUUAAAAAUAGGAUAGGAACUGAAACAGAUUAAAAUGCAUUUCCAUGUAAUUUAUCUAUCUGAUUGCUCUAUCUGUCAUAAAGCAGCUUUUCCUGCCAUGGGAUGUUUUCUGUUACAAUUGGGGAGCAGUUGCAAGAUGUUGCUGUUCUCCUAACUCCUCUUCUUCUGUAGGUUAGAAUUUUUCAGACUGGGGCUGGAUCUUGGUUUAGGGAGAUUUAAUCUUGACAGUCUUGCAGGAAUGAGGAAGGCAGUCUUUGCUGAUCAGUAUCUCAGAGUUUCCUUAAGUACCAUGGGAGUUUUGGGACCGUGGUUUUCCUGUUUAUGUUUUUGUUUGUCCUUCUUCUUCCCUCCUACCACCUGUUUCCUUUGAUAUAAUGUGUAGUGGUCCGACAGGAAAAUAACCUCUGAUAAGCUGAGAUGCAAAAAGUAAUACUCAUAACUCCACUUUCUUUUUAAGCUUAAUAAUUCAAGCUGGAUUUUGCCCUGUUAGUGAAUUCAGUGCAGAAUGGAGUUGUGGUUCCACUAUUGUCAAGAAUAAUGCACUCAUGGAUUGUGUUCUCUAUUUAAAACAUCUAUCUCAAGAUCCCUGAUCUGAAAUUUCUUGAAAUUGGUCAUUGCAGUUCAAUUAAAACCUUAAUGGGUGCAACAUGACUCUUAACCUUGCGUGCACUGCAGACACGGAAACUGUAGACUUGAAUAUCAGUAAGUGUAGAUAAGGAUACUGAGCUGAAUUACAACUUGCAAAGGAAGUAGCAGAACUUGUUCUUCCACCUCAAGUAAGGGAAAGGAAAUGAGGGAAAUUCAAAGACAAGGACAGAAAUAUUCUUUGGCCUUACUUACAUUUGUAAAUUAAUCCCUGGUUCUGCAUGAGGAUGUUGGUUUUGCUUGAUACAGAGCAAACUUCACGUGUUCAAGUCAGAUGGACUUACAUGUUCCACUAUCAAACUCUGCAGAACAUUAGGUUUCCAGUUGCACAUCCCGUAUCAGAUGUGUCCUUCAGUUCUAAGAAGUGAGAAAUAGUUCUGUGGAAUUACAGAAGUAUCUUGUUCAUAUGUAAUUUUUGGAAGAUGAAAAUAGCAAGACAUGGAGGUAAAUGUUAACACAAUAAGAGGAGCUGGGUUUUAAUGGAGGUGGCAUCCAAUGCUUUCUUCAGUCUCUGAAUUUUGUGGAUAGAGUCAAACAAGUCUUGUCUUUGGAGUUUAUUAGAGAGAGAACUGGCUGAAAGGGAGAGAAAAUGGAAGUACUAGACUUGGAUGUUGUAAUAGUGAAAUUCUCCAUGGAUUGUUAUCCUGGGACCAAACUAACUCAUUUAUUACUUAUGGAAACAUCAUUAAUACAAAGCACUUGUAUGCUGGUUAGAUUUUCUGAUGACACAAACGUAGGAGUCAUUUUCCAGGGAGGACUGUUCAGGAAACACUGCGUAUCAUUGGUUCAAUUCCAUUGCAUUUCCGUUGUACUUCCUCAAGUAGCUUUUUAGUCAUGCUACUGUAGGCUGGAAGAAUUUCUGCUGUGUGCUGGGACUGCAGGGUUUGGCUGUGACUAAGGGGGAAGACAACCGGAUGUCUUAGAUGGUCAUGUUAUAAUUAUGUAAUUUGAGGGAAAGGAAAUGCAUCGUAGAAUGUGAUGGUGAAAUAGGUUAUAUUGUGUGCUGUUGCAUAAUGCAAUGCAAUAAGGCUGCCCAGGGAGGUGGUGGGGUCACUGUUCCUGGAGGUGUUCCAGAACCAUGGACAGUGGGCAUGGUGGCGUGGGUUGGGGUUGGACUUGGCAAUCUUACUGGUAGCACAAAGUUCAAUAGAGAUCACAGAAUGGCCCGAGUUGGAAGGGACCUCAAGGAUCAUGAAGCUCCAGCCCCCAUGAAUCGGUUGUUAAUGUGUUGGGAUGGACAUCAGAAUGGUUCUGAGAUGUUCUGGUCCCUGUGGUCAGGGAGGAAUUUGAGCGCCGUAAGGCAGAGCUUUGUUUUUGGGAAGGAGUUCUGCGUUGUACCUCCUCAGAGUAGCUGCAGUCCAGACAUGAUGACCUUGGAGGUCCCUUGCAAUCCUAAACCAACGUUCAGUGUUUGUUGGUAACUUGGCAAAUAGCAUCCACUGAGUUACUUUAAGCUGUCUUGUCUUGAUGAGGUUUUACUUUUAGGGCUGUGUUAGUUUUUGCAAGGUGCACUGAGUGGGGGACCAGGGGAUUCAUCACAUGUAAUAUGUCUAUAAUUCAGGCUGCUUUAAUCAUUUUGGAUGCCAGUGAGACUUCCUCAUGGUUUUGUUGCUACUCAGAGCGUAUACUUAAAAAGACAAAGCAGAAAAUGUAAGGAGAUCAACAAAUACUUCCCCAAAAUGAAGCCAAAGCCUGAAGGCUUCAUUGUAGGGAAUCAAACAUCAAUCUGCCACAUUGCAGAGAUUCAGAGGGCUUUGACUAUUGAAAAUUUCACUUAUCUUGAUAGAAAGAUGGGCUCCAGCAUUUUGGGAAUUGCACUCCUACUCUGAUAAACUGCUUCAUAUGGCUUGUGCAACUUAGGGUUGUUUGGCAUAGUGUGAAAUACUGCCUUCUUAACAUCUGCUAAUUACUGUGCCUUCUUGUGGUUGUUAUGGCCUAUACACGUUGAACAGGCCAGAGAUGAUGAUAAUUGGUAUUGGCAGAAUGAGUUCAGGUUUAGCCCCCUAAUCAUAAUAGCAAGAAUAAACCAUUUUUAGAUGUUGUCCAUAGUCUGUCAAAUGCAUUUACACAAUGCUGCAAUGUUACUUUAAUUAGGGAUGUUUUAGGUUUGGGCUUUUCAGUAUCCUGGAUCAGUUGUUGAGGACAUCUGCUGUUUUUCUUACAAUUGAACAGCUUUCAAUCCUAACCAAGAUAGCUGGAAGGGGUGAAAUGCUGGAAAACUUAAAAACAAGAAAUGUUUGUGGGACUAAGUUUCUUACCAGUACAUAAUGAAAUUAUUGAGCUUACAGUAGGAAGAAAAUGUGGUUGUUUUUUCCUUUUCCUUUCUGGUGGGGACUCAUUGCCUCAAAACACCUGGGAACCCAAAGCUCCAAGUGCUUGGAACCAAAACCUGUGGACUUUUGGCUCCAGAAGUCUCCCACAUUGCUGAUAUCUGAAAGCUAACAGAAUGUCAUGCCCAAGGAAGGACUCUGUUCCUGAUUAUCUUCUUUCAGUGAACAUGAUCCACUGGGGGAAGAGGACUGGGGACUAUGGUAUAAUUGGGUACUGAAAGUUUUAAGUUCUUAAAUGAGACAUCUUAAAAUUUAUUGUAUUUAAAAAUCAAACUCCAGCAUGCCAGGAAACUAUUAUUUAUACUGACUAUAGCUGAAGAAUCUGCUAAUUAGUAAUUAACAUACUGAUGAGUAUAGCUUAAGCAAACUUGUGUUCUUGCUUUUGUUACCUUUGUGGGCAUUUUUCCAGAUUUCCCUAUAUGUUAGCUGUGUACUAUGACUAGAACUUAGGAAGAAGAGGGUAGCAAGAAUGAUUGGAGCACCUUCCUUAUGAGGAGUAACUAUAUUGACUGAGACUUUCCAGCUUGGAACGAUGGAUACAACAAAUGUGUAUAGAAUGAUGAAUGACCUUGGGAAGGUGACAAGAGAGUGGUAAUUGAUCUCUCAUAAUAGGAGAAUUAACCAGUAUAAAAUGAAAAUACUAUAGGCAGCUAUCAAACAGAGCACUUAGCACAGCGUCAGUUAAGCACUGAAAGCUGUGGAUGCCAAAAGGUAACUUGGAUUCCAUCGGUGAUUAGACAUAGAUGCAUUUUCAUCCCAUUAGGGAGAUACACGUGUGGAUCAGGGGCUACACUGGGGGCUGAGAAAAUACAGUGAGGAAAUGCCACCACAGGCUCACUCCAUGGUUUCCUUCCGUGCCAGGUGUUUGGCUUGGGAGCUGGCUGCUUAGCGAGGUGAAUAGUUGGUCUGAGCUGGCAGUCGUUACCAUGGCUUGUUUCUUAAAUUAUCUCCUAAUUUGUUCUAUUCCACGGAUUUCUCAGGAAAUGCCUCUUCAUUUUUCCUUGUCUCACCCUUCCUGUCUGUUUUUUUUUUUUUUUCUAUUUUGUGGUGGUUCUCUUUUCCUCUUCAUCCUACACUUCCUCUUCAAGUCUGAGAAACUGGAAGUAUGAAGAUAAUAACUACAGAAGUUACUGUGAAGGAUAUAAUAUUAUUUGAACAAAGUUCUGCUCUGAUUUUAUGUCAACUUCUGUUGUAAGAGUAUCAUUUCCUUUCCUCAACCUAAUUUCAAGGAUUGUUUUGCAUCCUCUUCCUUGUUUUUUUUUCUGCCAGCAUUUCUCCCAGCACUGAAAGAUUUGUUAGCUGCUGCAGAUGAAAACUGACCUGAAUCUUGUUAGUUUUGCUGCAUUCCACAGAGAUUUGCUAGACAAUGAUUAAACAAAUUGUCCCUUUGUAACUUUACUAAUUAAUUAGUAGGGUUUUUCUGAAUGCUGGUGGGCAGCAGUAUAAAAAGAAUCCACUUUGACUAAUGAAAGGCUUUAAUCUAAGCACCGACAGGUUUGCUUCCUGAACAGGGCUGAUUAAAAGCUUUUAUUUUCCUUAUUAAACACUUUGAUUCUAUACAGGUUGACAGCAGUUCGUCCAGAAGAGCUGCUGGCUUGCCCUAAACUGAAGGAUAAGCGUAUCUUCCAACUUCUGUGUCAUGUUGUGCUGAGGAAGGCUGCAGAGGCUGCCAGCUGAAAGUAUGCUUACACCUGCAACGAAUGGAGGCAGGCUUUGCCUCCUGGGGUAUGAGAGAACGUGACAGAGGACCCUCCAUUUUAUGUUGUGAUCACAUUCCUUUGAACAUCUCAUACCUUCCACUGAGAAGUUUCUGUUGUUGUGGCUUUAUGUUGUUGUGACUAUAUUUGUCCCUUUUCUAAAAUCCGUCAGGAAGUAUUCAUAUUGUACGAAUCCAUGUCAGGGGAUAGAAAAAUGAGAUUAUGAUAUGAUGAUCAAAGGGCUGGAGCACCUCUCCUAUGAGGAAAGGUUGAGGGAACUGGGCUUGUUUAGCUUGGAGAAGAGAAGACUCCAGGGAGACCUCAUGUGGCCUUGAAGAGAGCGUAUAAACAGGAGGGGGAACGGGUGUUUAUGAGAGUGGAUAGUGAUAGGACAAGGGGGAAUGGUUUUAAACUGGGACAGGGGGAGGUGUAGGUUGUAUCUUAGGAGGAAUUUUUUCACCCACAGGGUGGUGACGCACUGGAACAGGUUGCCCAAGGAGGCUGUGGAUGCCCCAUCCCUGGAGGCAUUCAAGGCCAGGCUGGAUGUGGCUCUGCGCUGCCUGGUCUGCUGGUUGGUGACCCUGCACAUAGCAGGGGGGUUGAAACUGGAUGAUCAUUGUGGUCCUUUUCAGCCCAGGCUAUUUUAUGAUUCUGUGAUUACUUUACAUGCACCCAUCAGUAACUCAGUGAUUACAGAUGAUUUCAAGAGCAUUGGUUUUCCAGUUAGGCAAAAAGUAAUUUGUAUUUAUUGCUGCUAUUGAACUGAGAUUUGGGGAAGGCUAUUUAAGGUAUUUUUUUUCAUUAAAACUUCUUAAAAUAUCAUUGAAUGAGUUGACACAGAUGCUAGAACCAGCUAGCACAGAAGGCAGCACACCAGUGUGCACUUCAGAGUAUGAUCACGUUUAUACUCAUGUUGUCAUCUGUUCUUGCAUUAGUGGAGCUCUCACAGAACUCCAAAAAGAUCUUCAUUUACACAUUUUAAAAAGGAAAUUGAUGCACUUUGCUCUGUGUUUCUUCUUUUAAAACGUUUUGCUGGGUACAAUGCAUCAUGUUUCAGUGGAGUUUGGCAAUAAUUGAAUUAAAAAGGAGCUUCUAAAAAUGGAUAGCCAUAAUGAGCUAAAUGAUACUGUGAUUGUGUAAGUAUAGUCAUAUCCCAUUGUUAUAACCUGAUAGUUUAAGUGCUUUGGAAUCAUCAAGUUGCACUGUUAAAUUCAGAUAACAAUUGGAUCGUCACUGUAAGCAUCAACUGUAGGCUGCCUGGAGGGAUUGUUGGCUGCCCAGGGAGGUUGUGGAUGCCCUAUCCCUGGAGGUGUUCAAGGCCAAGUUGGAUGGGGCCGUGGGCAGCCUGGUCUAGUAUUAAAUGUGGAGGUUGACAGCCCUGCCUGUGGCAGAGGGGUUGGAGCUUCAUGAUCCUUGAGGUCCCUUAUAAGCCAAGCUAUUCUGUGAUUCUAUGACUGUACUAUGAUGUAUCUUACACUAGACAGGCGAUGUGUCUUUAAGUUGUUGUAGGGAUUAUACUCAUUCUAAAAGGAGUGUAUUUCUAAUUGAGAUCACAGCAUGGCAAAGAAGUUCUUGUUCAUUCUUUACAAUAGGUUUUGUACAUCGAAGUGGGUCUUCAGUCAUGAUGAUCACGUCAGAGUGAAAAUAGGGCAUGGUAUGGAAUGCUGUUCAUGUUUACAGGGCACCUGCGUAAACAGCCCCAGUAUUUAAUUUUAGUGAACUACUGAAGCUGAGGAUUUCUAAUGCACUAAAAUAUGUAGAAGUCCUGUGCAGAAUAGGGGCAGUACAAAUUAUACCCUGCAGUGCAACAUCUGCUGCUUCUUUCUUCACGUUUCUGUGAGCAUGCCUUUGAGUUAAGCAGGCGUUUCUUGGCCAGAUCUGUUAACAGCCUCACUGUGUGGAGCAGUUAUUUUUGGACACCACAUCAGAGACUUUCAAAAAACUUACCAAAAAAAAAAAAACAAAAAAACCCUCUUGGCUUCAGAGGGCACAAUUCAUAGACCUUUAGUGAAAAUAUGGAAGGGGAAACCCAGGAGCUUUUUUUCCCCACUGUUGAAUGAGCUUCAGCUACAGGUGUUUCCUUUGUAACAGCGUAUGUGUUAAAGAAACUGCUCAAGUUGUCCUUAAGCACAGACGUGCCCUUUUCUUUUUCUCUGGCAGUUGUUGCCAAGUUGCCUCGUACUUCCAGAGCCUCUGUGAUGCUUUUUGGGUAGGACAAGUAGUAGUGGGAUUAAUGUGUGUAUUGGGAAGGGAGGUUGAGUAUUGGUCAUGCUGUGGUCCAAGGAUAGGGGAACUGGGAGUCAAAGAUGAGCAGGUAGUGUUAGGGGUGGGCAAAGAAUCUACAGAAAUAAAGAAAAAUCAACAAAAAAUAAGAGAAACGGGUACUGAAAAUAUUAGAAACGGUGGUAGGAAAUCUGGGAAUUCAUAAUAAUGGUGAAGUAUUGUGUGCUUGAGACUCUUAGCGUGUUUAUCCAACACCAAAGAAAAAUGAAAAGUGUUAUUCCACGCUUCAUUUGUCUCAGUUGGGAUCGUUCUGUUUGAUCUGUAGUGAAUAUUUCUGUGGUGAACUUAAUUCCAGUCUCCUUGUGUUCAUAUUUGUAGGUAGAGUUAUCCCAGUACGUCGCACACCAAGCAGGUCUCUUGAGUCCACUUGAUGAGAGGCAGCAAUAAAUGUUCUGGGUGGUUGAACUGUGGAAAGUCCCUAGUUAUGAAGCUGCAGGCAAGCUGCUGCAUGAAAUUUCCCCCUUUUUAAACAUGGGGAUAAAUAUUUAUUUAGGGUCAUUAUGAAGUUUACUGCUAGUUUUUUUUGGAUGGUUAAAAAGAUGGUGUAUAAUCACUAGUCUUCAUGACUUGUGUGUGCAGGGAGUGCUCUUUCAAUUUAGUUUUAUUAUCUCAGUGGAGUUAAUUAACUUUGUAGCUUGUAGGAGCAUAGUUUUUCUGAGAGAGUACCAAACAAGCUGCACCAACCAGUGAGAAACAGACACAAUUCUCUGUAGAAUGUGAUAAUGCCUUGCAGUGUUCUGCAAGUGAAGAAGUUGUCUGUUUUGCUAAUAACACCAAUAUGCACAGCUCCAUUUGCCUAUGGGUAAUACUAACCAGUGGCAGAAGUUUCACAGCAUUUUGAAGGCUGUUUACUGCUCUUCUAGAACUGCACUUUCUUUCCUCCCCUCUUUUACAUUUGCAGCUUGCCCUUUUGAGGAAAGAAGUGUUUGUUUCUGUUUUGUGUUGGCAGCCCAUCAAAGCAAGUCCUUCAGAAAUGCCAUUAGGACUCUGCAUCAGGCCGAUAACCUUCUGAAGAAAACACUGUCCCUAAUAAGGUCUGUGGUCCUGUCAUAAACAGACCCUUAAGUUCUCUUAGGAAGAUGUCUUUUGUUUAGAAUGAGCUUAAAGGAACAGAAGAAGUUGCUUAAUCCCCAGCAUAGUUGUCUUUUCCAACCUUAAGCAUCAUCGUCAUCAUAGAUUGUUACUUCCUAAGGCUCACCACUGCUCCACCAAGGGAUGUGUGUGUGCCUCUUCCCCAGAGCUGUGAUGGAAAGGCAUCCCCACCCACCCAAGUCUGACCAGAGGAGCUGGAUGCCUGCAGGUUGAUUUUUGUGAGUCAUGUAUGGUGUGCCAUGAUUAAGAACUGGGGCAGUGAGAAAUGAAGAACAGCGAAGGCUCUGGGCAAGCUUGGUUGUUCCCUUUGGCCAGAUCUGACUUACCAGCAGCACAUUUCUCAGCCUGGGGACUGAGAGGUUUAGGCAAAAGACUUGGGGGAGUCUAGAGAUGUUUAGUUGGUAUGUCUUGGUGGCACAUUUCUCUUUGUUUUUUCCUGCAGGAGUGGUCUUCCUAUUGUUGCACACUUCAGUGUGCCUGCGAUGCUACUGAUUUAGUGGAGUUGUACACUUCUUUUUCACUUACCCGUCUCUGUUGUACAUCAGAAGACGUUCAGUGGCCCAGCAAACUUGCUUGUUUGUCUACCAGGCAAUGCUGACAGGUCAGAUUUAGCAAAUAAUUGCUUUGGGAGAUGACCACAGUACUCCUGAGGAUUGUAUCAUGUUUUGAUAGUGAUUUUGCAGGGGGGCUGAGUUUCAAACUAAUUUUAUCAUCUGUGGUAAGUCUUUAUUGUGGUGGUCUCAUUUGUACCAUAAAUAAACACAGUAAUUACUUUGAAGAACGGUUUCACGAGGCACUUUGUGGGCUUGCCAAGGCCUUGUGUUCAACCUUGUUGUUCAAAAGUUGAUUUCAGAUAGACUGAUGUGGUAUUUUUGCUUGGAGGGAUCUUAUUUUUAAUGAUGCUUUCAGUACAAGCAUUUUUUGUUCUUAUUAUUCUUAUCUCCAAACAGUAACAUCAAAAGAAUCACAGACACCUGGUUAAGCUGAAAAUGAGCCCUCACAGUACUUUCACCUUCCCUCUUGUGCUAUGCUCUUAAUUUUGUUUCUUAGCUUGUAAAGAAUCACAGCCCCGGGAGGACUUUGUUUGGGUAUUCCUUGUUCCACCCUGCUUAUCUCAGUUCUGUUUGGAAUUUAUGGGAUGUUUUCCUGCAACCUUGUAAAUUACAAGGUGCUCUGUUACCUCCUCUUAGAUGUCUUUAGUGUUGACAAGUCUUGAGAGAUACUGCUAAAAUUAUUGAAAAUGAAUGUUUUCUUUGAAUAAUGAAUGUAUAUUUCUAUAUGUUUCCUUAUGAGUAGAAUGUUCGGGUUACCUGGGCUUUGGGUUUUAAGAUCUAUUGCAUUACUUUCUUCUGCGUCUACAAGAGCCCUCAGUAGAUGAGAGCGUAUCUUUAUGGGAUAAGUUAUGAAGGAUCUAUGGUUUCUCUCUCUGGCACAGGAAAAAUCUGAAAUUCUUACCUUGGAAAAUGAAUUAUUGGCAGGAGGGCCAAACAUAUGGGCCAUCACCGCGGAAGAGCGGGCCAAGCACGACAAGCAGUUUGAUAGCCUUAAGCCCACGGGAGGCUACAUUACAGGUGAUCAAGCACGUACCUUUUUCUUGCAAUCAGGGCUACCAUCUUCAGUCCUCGCUGACAUAUGGGCACUGUCAGACUUGAACAAAGAUGGAAAAAUGGAUCAACAGGAGUUCUCUAUAGCCAUGAAACUCAUCAAGCUGAAAUUACAAGGACAGCACUUGCCUAUGGUUCUCCCUCCUGUCAUGAAACAAACUCCAGUACUUUCACCUCUAAUGUCAGCUCGCUUUGGAAUGGGUAGUAUGCCAAAUUUGUCCAUGCCUACAUCCAUGUCUACGAUCACACCAUUAGCUCCAAUGUCUCUGACCUCAAUGACAUCCAUUCCUCCUUUGGUUAUUUCUGCUCCCCUGGUGCCUUCUGUCAGUACCUCAUCACUGCCAAAUGGAACAUCCAGUCUUCUGCAGCCCUUGGCUAUACCUUUCUCUUCAACGCAGCCUCAUACUGGUUCCUUAGGUCCCGUGGCAGGAGGGUUUGGUGGAUCUAACAUGCAGAAGGCACAGUCACUAAUCGAUUUAGGAUCUAGCAGUUCAAAUUCUUCCUCCAGUGCUUCGCUAGCUGGGAAUUCACCAAAGAUUGCACCCUCAGACUGGGCAGUUCCUCAGGCUUCCAGAUUAAAAUACAGACAGAAAUUUAACAGUCUUGAUAAAAGUAUGAGUGGAUAUUUAUCAGGAUUUCAAGCAAGGAAUGCCCUUCUGCAAUCAAACCUCUCACAGACUCAGCUGGCUACUAUUUGGUCACUGGCUGAUAUUGAUGGAGAUGGACAGCUGAAAGCAGAUGAGUUUGUGUUAGCCAUGCACCUAACUGAUAUGGCCAAAGCUGGGCAACCUCUGCCACUAACUCUGCCUCUUGAGCUGGUACCACCUUCCUUCAGGGGUGGAAAACUCACUGAAAAUAUUAAUGGAACUCUGCCAUCUUACCAGCCUGUGCAAGAGGAGGAGCCACAGAAAAAACAGCCUGUGACGUUUGAGGACAAAAGAAAAGCAAACUAUGAGAGAGGAAAUGUGGAGCUGGAAAAACGUCGUCAGGUCCUGUUGGAACAGCAGCAGAGAGAGGCAGAACGUAAGGCUCAGAAAGAAAGAGAAGAACAAGAACGAAGAGAGAGGGAACGUCAGGAGCAGGAACGGAAAAAACAACUUGAAUUGGAAAGGCAGCUGGAGAGACAACGAGAGCUGGAAAGACAAAGGGAAGAAGAAAGGAGGAAAGAAAUAGAAAGGCGGGAGGCAGCAAAACAAGAACUUGAGCGCCAGCGGCGCUUGGAGUGGGAGAGAAUUCGUCGCCAAGAACUUCUUAAUCAGCGUAACAGAGAACAAGAAGAAAUUAUCAAGUUGACCUCUAAGAAGAAGAGCCUUAAUCUUGAAUUAGAAGCUCUGACGGACAAACAUCAGCAAAUCUCAGGCAGAUUGCAAGAUAUUCGAAGCAAAAAGCAGAUUCGGAGGACUGAGCUGGAGGCUUUAGAUAGAAAAUGUGACCAAGGAAUUAUGGAAGUCAAGCAACUACAACAGCAACUUCAGGAGUAUCAGAAUAAGCUAACCUAUUUAGUUCCUGAAAAGCAGUUGUUAACUGAAAGAAUUAAAAACGUUCAACUCGACAGCACUCAAAAUGCUGGAAUUGCUUCAGUGCAAAAGAAGUCUCUAGAAAAGGAAGAAUUAUGCCAAAGACUUAAGGAACAAUUAGAUGCCCUUGAGAAAGAAACUGCUUCUAAACUUGCUGAAAUGGAUGAAUUUAACAGUCAGCUUAAGUGUGACAGUAUGGAUGAUUCUGUUCUUCAGUGCCUUUUGUCUCUGCUAAGCUGUCUCAACAACCUCUUCCUCUUACUUAAGGACCUGAGAGAAAGCUACAGCACGCAGCAAUUAGCCUUGGAGCAGCUCCAUAGGAUCAAACAGAGCAAAAUAAGAGAGGUAGAGAAACGAAGAGCUGAACUUGCGCAGAAAAAGCGGCUGGAAGAUGAGGCUACAAGGAAAGCAAAACGGGAGAAAGAGAACCGAUGGCAGGAAAAUAUCCGAAGGGAAGAGGAGGAGAAAAAGAAACGAUUAGAGGAAGAGAGAAUGCAGGAAAAGGCUCAGGAAAAGCUCCAUGAAGAGGAGGAGAAAAAUAAGCAAGCCGGGAUCUUGAGAGAAACAGAACAACGACAGAGGCAGCUGGAGGAAGAGAAAAGAAAGCAAGAACAAAUGGCAAAAGAAGCUGAGGAGAGGCGUAAGCAGAAUGGAGAAAUAAAGAAGACAAAAGAAGUCACCACCUCUCACGAGACAGAGAAACGCACUGCUAAAUUAAACACAAGUGAAAAGUUUGGAGAUCUGUUGAAACCAACAGAGGGUAAAAGUCUUAAGCCACCCUGGACAAAUGAAGGCAACACCAUCAGUGCUUCAGACUCCAGAAGUUCCGCUGCCUUUGUAAAUUACAGAGCUUUAUAUCCAUUUGAAGCAAGGAAUCAUGAUGAGAUGAGCUUUAAUACUGGAGACAUAAUUCAGGUUGAUGAAAAAAAUGUUGGAGAGCCUGGCUGGCUUUAUGGGAGCUUCCAAGGACGUAUUGGUUGGUUUCCAUGCAACUAUGUGGAAAGAAUACCAGAAGGAGAAAAAGCUUUAUCUCCUAAGAAGGCCUUACUUCCUCCCACAGUAUCUUUAUCUACUACCUCAGCUGCUUCAGAACCACUUUCACCAAGCAAAUCUGUAGAAGAGUCGGAUUACCAGAACGUACAUUUCUCCAGCCUGAACGUUAAUGCAGCGUGGCAACAGAAGUCAGCUUUUACCCGCACUGUGUCCCCUGGAUCUGUGUCACCCAUUCAUGGCCAGGGGCAGCCUGUCGAGAACUUGAAAGCACAAGCACUUUGCUCUUGGACUGCAAAAAAAGAUAACCACUUGAACUUCUCAAAAAAUGAUAUCAUUUCUGUCCUGGAGCAGCAGGAAAACUGGUGGUUUGGGGAGGUGCAUGGAGGAAGGGGUUGGUUUCCCAAGUCGUACGUCAAGCUCUUACCUGGAAGUGAGAAGAAAGAGGAACCAGAAGCUAUUUAUGCAGCAGUAAAGAAGAAGUCCAGUGCACAGCCCUACCCAGCAGGAGAGGAGUAUGUUGCACUGUAUUCGUAUUCAAGCUCUGAGCCUGGCGACUUGACUUUCACCGAAGGUGAGGAAAUCCUGGUGACCCAGAAGGAAGGGGAAUGGUGGACAGGGAGCAUUGAUGACAGAACUGGGAUCUUCCCCUCCAAUUAUGUCAGACCAAAGGAUCAAGAAGGGUCUAGUAAUGCUGGCAAAACUGGAACAAUAAAUAAGAAACCUGAAAUUGCUCAGGUGACUACUGCUUACGCUGCAUCAGGAAGUGAACAGCUUAGUCUUGCUCCUGGGCAGCUCAUACUUAUCCUGAAGAAAAAUGCUAGUGGAUGGUGGCAAGGAGAGCUGCAGGCAAGAGGGAAAAAGAGACAGAAAGGAUGGUUCCCUGCCAGCCACGUGAAGUUACUGGGUCCGAGCAGCGAGCGAACCACAUCUGCUGCCCCCUCAGUGUGUCAAGUAAUAGCAAUGUAUGAUUACAUGGCAAACAAUGAAGACGAGCUCAGCUUCUCCAAAGGGCAGCUUAUUAACGUGCUGAGCAAAGAUGAUGCUGACUGGUGGCAAGGAGAAAUCAAUGGUGUGACAGGUCUCUUCCCUUCCAACUACGUGAAGAUGACCACAGAUUCUGAUCCAAGUCAGCAGUGGUGUGCUGAUCUCCAAAGCCUCGAUACCAUGCAGCCAAUGGAAAGGAAGAGGCAGGGUUACAUCCACGAACUCAUUCAGACGGAAGAAAGGUAUAUGGAUGAUCUUCAGCUUGUCCUGGAGGUUUUCCAAAAGCCAAUGGCUGAUUCGGGUUGUCUCACAGAAGGGGAAAUGGGGCUGAUCUUUGUUAACUGGAAGGAACUCAUCAUGUCAAAUACCAAGUUACUGAAAGCCUUGCGAGUGCGUAAAAAAACAGGAGGAGAAAAAAUGCCAGUGCAGAUGAUUGGGGACAUCUUGGCAGCAGAGCUGUCACACAUGCAGGCCUACAUUCGGUUCUGCAGCUGCCAGCUUAACGGGGCUUCAUUGCUGCAGCAGAAAACUGAUGAAGAAGCUGAUUUCAAAGACUACUUAAAGAAACUCGCUCUGGAUCCUCGCUGCAAAGGAAUGCCCCUCUCCAGUUUCCUCCUGAAACCCAUGCAAAGAAUAACACGCUAUCCUCUGCUUAUAAAGAGUAUUCUAGAGAAUACUCCAGAAAAUCACCCAGAUCACAGUAACCUCAAGCUUGCCUUGGAGCGUGCAGAAGAGCUGUGUUCUCAGGUUAAUGAAGGGGUGCGUGAGAAAGAGAAUUCAGACCGGCUGGAAUGGAUACAGUCCCACGUGCAGUGUGAAGGCCUUGCUGAGCAACCUGUAUUCAAUUCCCUCACAAACUGCUUGGGACCGCGGAAGCUCCUGCACAGCGGCAAGCUCUACAAGGCAAAGAGCAGCAAGGAGCUGUAUGGCUUCCUGUUCAACGACUUCCUGCUGCUUACCUACAUGGUCAAACAGUUUGUCUCUUCCGGCUCUGAUAAACUGUUCAGCCCCAAGUCCAACUCCCAGUUCAAAAUGUACAAAAUGCCUGUUUUCCUUAAUGAAGUCCUAGUGAAAUUGCCUACAGACCCUUCAAGUGAUGAGCCAGUUUUCCACAUAUCACACAUUGACAGAGUUUACACACUUAAAACUGACAACAUCAACGAGCGCACUGCUUGGGUCCAGAAAAUCAAAGCAGCAUCUGAGCAGUACAUUGAAACUGAGAAGAAAAAACGUGAAAAAGCAUAUCAAGCUCGCUCACAGAAGACAUCGGGAAUAGGACGUUUGAUGGUGCACGUGAUUGAAGCAACAGAGCUGAAGGCCUGUAAACCCAAUGGGAAGAGUAACCCGUACUGUGAAAUCAGCAUGGGCUCUCAGAGCUACACGACGAGGACUAUGCAGGACACCUUGAACCCCAAGUGGAACUUUAACUGCCAGUUCUUCAUUAAGGAUCUGUAUCAGGAUGUCCUCUGUAUCACCAUGUUUGACAGGGAUCAAUUCUCUCCUGACGAUUUUUUGGGUCGCACUGAAAUUCCGGUAGCAAAAAUCCGAACAGAACAGGAGAGCAAAGGCCCCACGACCAAGCACUUACUGCUGCAUGAAGUGCCAACCGGUGAGGUCUGGGUCCGUUUUGACCUGCAGCUCUUUGACCAGAAAACACUCCUCUGAGAGCACUUCUUUAAUUUAUGAAGGACAAAUGAAGCUGACGGAUUGAACUUUCUUAUAAGAUUCCUUGCCCUAAGCUCCUCAUUAAGUAAGAUACCUGCUGCUUUCCGAUUCCCUCAGUCACUGGUUGCAUUUAGUCCCUUGCUGCGUUCAAAGCUGUCAUUGAUCUAUGCAAACACAGAUGUUACUGUGUAUACAGUACUAUAGCUCAGUGCCUUUUUAUUACGUUGGAAUAUAUUGUUUUUGGAUGCCAAUGUUUUCAUUUUCAGGGCCAUAAAAAGUAUUAGGUAGAAAUGGGGCAUCAAAAUGUAUGUGUAUUUUACCACGUAGUCUAACAAGCAGACUGAGGAAUGGUUUAGUUUUGCACUAGAAUCGUUCCGUUUGAAAUCUGAAAAGUGAUAUCCACUGGAAUCUUCCUGUCUCAGGACGAUAGUUUUAAAGAUGAAAUGCUGAAGAAGCCUUAGCACUGGAGAGUUCUCCAAUCUAUUGUAUAUUCUUUAAGAAUCAAGUGUAGUUCUUCACUCGACUUAGUUCUGCACUGAAAUCAGUAACUGCAACUUGAUUUUUCUUUCCACUUCAGUUGGAUGAAUCGUUCUCUGCUGAGACAAUGUCAUUGUAAAAAAUGAACUAGGAACAAUGUUUUAAAUACUGUGACCCACAAUAAUGUGGAAAAAUACUUUCUAGCUUUUGGUUUUCCUAAAUCUAAGUUAUUUGUGUACAGUUCCUUGGUUUUGCAGACCUCCAUGUGAAUCUUGAAGCUUUGACAUUGCCAACAUUGUAUAUAGAGAGUAAAACAUAAGUUUAUUAAUGUAAUUUGUCUACAGAUGUCUAUUGAUGCAUAGUGACUUUUAAAAAGUAUAUUUUAUUGUACAAGGGAAUGUGAAAUAAUGAGAAAAAUUUACUUAUGGAAUUAAAUUCAAGAGAAGUUUGUGCAAAGUUUAAAAUGUUUGCUCGGAGGAAGUGUUAGCACAGCAUUCAUCUACAAGAUGAGACUGGCUGCAAGCAAAAACCUUCAGGGCACCAAAACUAGGGCUGGUUUAAAGAAGAUUGUAAAUGGUUUGAUACAUGGUAACCAUUGUACUGUCUCCUUCAGCUGCUUUGUUGAAAAAGCACAGCAUGCAAUUAUGAACAGCAGGUGCCCUUGUUUUCUGUGGGUGCCGCAAUACCUCCUGGUGUCUGACGGUUCCACACUUGACUGCCAUCUGUGUACCCUCCUGUUACAGAGCUGAGUCAACCUCUGUUACUUUUAACAGUUUUCUGCGGUUCAGUAUUUCUAAUCCUAAAUAAAACUAAAUCUUGGCAA